AACUUCCUUGUUACUUUAGGACGGCAUCUCUCGUUCUAACACCACAUUUGUGUCUCUCAAGCCUCUCUCUUCACUCGCUUCACUCCGUCUUGCCUUGUAAUGGAAGCGGUGAAGCUUACUGGUUAGGCUCUCACCUGCGCUUCCUCCGCCGUGAUUCUUCAAAUCUCUCGGAUUUCCAACAAGAUCAGAGGUCAAUCCAUUGCAAUUUUUCUUAUCAACAACUGGAUAGAAUCUCGGUUAUAAACUGUUCCAUGAUGAGCAGACUUCCUACUUGGAACUCCCACUUUUUAGUGGCGUCUGUCCAUGUGACCAGCAUGUACAUAUGUUUGGGAAGAGCUGGCAUUAAUGUCUAGUCCUUCUUGCUCUGUAAUCUUGGCAUGAUUGGUGUAUGUGAUGAUAUUUCUAUGGGGUUGUGGACUAGAAUUGACUUAAUUAAAGAGAUAGAGAGAAAAUUGGACUUUGGUGGUUGACCAAAGGAGCUUGUGGUGAAGGAAACUACUGAGGCAUCAUUUGUAUGGUAACUUGUGUGUUAACAUUAAGAAAAUAUAUUUAGUUGGAUAAUUUCAGUAUGCCUUCAUGGUGGGGCAGAUCUUCUUCCAAAGAGGUUAAGAAGAAAUCAAGCAAGGAUUUAUUUGAUUCUUUGCUUUUUCGUAAAUUGAGGACUCCAUCUGAUGAAAAGGGAAGUUUCAGAUCUAGCAGAGGCUCUCGUAGGCGUAGUAUUGACACAACUUCAGAAAGGGGCUCUGGAUCCCGAGCUCAAUCGAGGUCUCCAUCCCCUUCAACACAAGUAUCUAGGUGUCAAAGUUUUGCAGAGAGGCCACAUGCUCAGCCACUUCCACUUCCUUCUGUGAAAUCUUCAUUAAUAAGUCGCACAGAAUCAGGAAUCAGUGUUUCACAAUCAGUUCGUAGCAAAUGUGGAAAGACCAUCUCUUGCUUGCCUCUUCCUCUGCCUGAGAGGAUUUUGAAUAGGCCUGAUGCUUCAGAUGUUGAUGGUGGUAUAGGGACUGCAUCCAUUUCCAGUGAUUGCUCUGUUGAUAGUGAAGAUGGGGUGGAUCCCCACCAUCAUAUUGGAUUUGGUCAUCUCAGUCCCAAGGUUCUUGACCCUGAAUUUGGCGGCAGGACUAUUGCGACCAGUCCCAUCAACUCAAGUGCCCUACAUUCAAGUCACUCCCCUAUGCUCAGCCCAAAGAACUCAAGAGAGAUGCUGAAGCCGUCUACCCAACUGCCCAACAACCAAAGUCUCUCAACAUCACCAAAGCGAGGACCCUUUACCACACUUGAGCACCCGCCAAACUUACAGAUUCCCCACUAUGGUGCAUUUGCAAGUGCUCCUGACAGUUCAUUAUCAAGCCCAUCUAGAAGUCCAAUGAGAGUGUUUGGCUCUGAACAGCAUCCAAAUCGUGGGUUUUGGGCAACAAAACCUUACCCAGAUGCAGGUCCUUUUGGAUCGGGUCAUUGCUCGAGCCCUGGUUCUGGUCAAAAUUCAGGGCAUAAUUCAAUGGGAGGAGAUAUAUCAGGGCAAUUAUUUUGUCAGCACAGUAGGGGUAGUCCAGAGUGUUCACCGAUACCAAGCCCUAGGAUGACUAGCCCUGGUCCAAGCUCAAGGGUACACAGUGGUGCUGUCACCCCUCUCCAUCCACGAGCUGGAGGUGCAGGGCCUGAAUCACCAAGCAGUUGGCCUGAAGAGGGAAAACACCAAUGCCAUCGUUUACCUUUGCCCCCUUUGACAAUAUCAACUCCUUCUCCUUUUUCCCCAUCAAGCUCGAUGGCUGCUGGUUCAUCUCCGCUUCCACGAAGCCCUGGAAAAGCUGAGAAUCCUCCGAGUCCUGGUUCAAGGUGGAAGAAAGGGAAGUUGCUUGGAAGGGGCACAUUCGGGCAUGUUUAUCUUGGUUUCAACAAUGAGAGUGGUGAAAUGUGUGCAAUGAAAGAAGUCACGCUAUUCUCAGAUGAUUCAAAGUCAAAGGAAAGUGUUAAACAGCUAGCACAGGAAAUUGCUCUUCUCAGUCGCUUGCGGCAUCAGAACAUAGUGCAAUAUUUUGGUUCUGAAACAAAAGAUGAUAAGCUCUACAUUUACCUUGAGUAUGUUUCUGGUGGUUCUAUUCAUAAACUUCUUCAAGAGUAUGGCCAGUUUGGGGAACCUGUGAUCCGCAGCUAUACUCAACAAAUCCUUUCAGGCUUGGCAUAUUUGCACAAUAAAAAUACUGUCCAUAGGGACAUUAAAGGGGCAAAUAUACUUGUGGAUCCUAAUGGUCGUGUGAAGCUGGCAGAUUUUGGGAUGGCAAAACAUAUUACUGGAUAUUCAUGUCCUUUGUCAUUCAAGGGAAGCCCAUACUGGAUGGCGCCUGAGGUCAUAAGAAAUGCAAAUGGAUGUAACCUUGCUGUUGAUAUAUGGAGUCUUGGAUGUACUGUUUUGGAGAUGGCUACAACAAAACCACCCUGGAACCAGUAUGAAGGGGUUGCCGCUAUGUUUAAGAUCGGUAACAGUAAGGAAAUUCCAACCAUACCCGAUUUGCUCUCAGAGGAGGGCAAGGAUUUUGUAAGGUGUUGUUUACAACGAAAUCCUGCAGAUCGUCCCACUGCUGCCCAGCUUCUUGAGCACCCAUUUGUAAAAAAUGCUGCUCCUUUGGCUAAACCCACUGUCAACCACGACCCUUCAGAUCCAGCUAGUGGUGUCCCGAAUGGAAUGAGAUCCCCGGGUGUUGGGCAUGCAAGAAACCUUUCCUCAUUGGACAUGGAAGGCAUGGUCAUCCAGCAGCCUAGAGGGGCAAAACCUUAUCAACAAUCCAGUGACAACCAAAUGCCUCGAAAUGUAUCAUUACCAGUCUCACCAACCGGGAGCCCUCUCCUCCAAUCACGAUCCCCCCACCACAUAAGCGGUCGGAUGUCUCCCUCACCCAUAUCGAGCCCUAUCGCCACAUCAGGCUCCUCCACUCCCCUCACUGGCGGCAAUGGUGCCAUCCCUUUCCACCACAUCAAGCAAACAACCUCCAACUACAUGCAUGAAGGCUAUGGAAGUCUUCCUAGAUCGCCAAACAACCUCUAUCUCAAUGGGACCUCCUAUCAUGACCCAAACCCUGACUUAUUUAGGCCCGAUUGCUCACCAGUCUUUGGAAAUGCAUUCCCACCUAGGUCGGUUCAAUAUACGGGUCAGGCUGCUUUGGCUCAGCAUGUAUCUCAGCAGCUCUUGAGGAACCCAACAAGCCCUAAUCCCUCUGUAGAUCAACGGUCAGGAUCACCUUUACCAGGUCGAUCUAAUGGGCCCUGAUUGGGGCUCUGUGGAGUUUUGAGGAGAGGGGUUUUCAAGAGCUUUGGGUCUUAGGCCGUGAGGUUGGGCAUUUUCUUGUUCUUUUCUUUUGUUGUUUUAGUAACUAACAAAAUGGAUUUGUACAAUAAGGGUCCAAAGUGGAAGGAUUUGAAAUAAGAUUGGGGCGCUUUGUUUUGGGGGGGUGGGCUCAAGUCUGGCAUUUUCCCUUUACUAGCCAUUGGAGCUCCCUCUUUCUCUAUGGGGGUGUAACUCUCUCCCAGGAAUUGCCUUUUAUCUAUAUGGGCUAUGGACAGGGCUCCAAAUUAUGUUCAAAUUGAGAGAGAUGUGGAAAGUUUCAACAGUUGGAGUGGGACAAAAAAAAACUGUAUAUUUAUGUCACACAAGGAAAUGAAAGAGUUAGUUGGAGGAGGUAUGAAUUUGAUGGGUGCCACUUCAUUUUUUUUUUUUUUUUUCCAUUUUUCUAUUUAUUUAUUUUUUCUUUUUUUUUGGGGGGGCAUUAGAGGCCACAUUGUACAGGAGGUUGGAACAUGAAUUUUAGGAUCUGGAUUUUUGAGUCCUGGGGUUGACAAUGGGUUCUUAGAAGUUGUAGUGUAAAAGGUGGCCUUUUGUAAGCUUAUCCAAUUUCUCUAUAAAUUGGAAGAAAUGGAAAAGAAAGAAAGAAAAUGAAACCCGAUUUUCUAGCA